CGACCACUACCCUACACUGCAGCGACAGCAUAACGGCAGCAAUCAUUUACUGGAUUGUUUUGGUUUGCUUAGCUUACAUCAUAUCAACAACACGUCUAGCUUCACGGCCGAAUCUAGCAACAUGGACGACCGCAAAUUAGCCUUCUUCACGGCUAUUGAGGAUCAAGGCGGCGUCAUCGUCAAAGAGACACCAAAAUUCGACCUUGAUCUUUACAUCCAGAAUUACAAAGGACGUACACGGUUCGAACGUCUUUUCCAUGUUGGCAGGAGCUCGGUACCGCUAUGUGUCGAUGCACUCAAAGCUGCCGUACAGGAGGCCAAGGCUGGCAGCGACAUUCUUAGGUACCAAAUGGCAGUCAACUCCCUCUUCCAAGCAGCUCCCAACGAGCCCGAAGCCUCGUUGGAUAAGGCAUGGAUGGAAUCCAAGGAAAAGGAGAAUCGAGACACUACGGCUCAUCUACAAGCAGAGCUUCAAGGUUACAAGAACAACUUGAUCAAAGAAAGCAUCAGGAUGGGCAAUGAGGAUCUAGGGAAGCACUUUGAAGCCAUCGGCGAUGUCGAGGCUGCCAUGGAUAGCUUUUGGAAGAUGAGGACGGAUGUUAGCUCGACAGAACAGCUUGUCGACCUUGGGAAGCUCCUUGUCCGAGUGGCGAUUGAACGCCGCGACUGGAAAUCCAUCGGCAAUCACCUGAAGCCCCUCAAUUCGGUAAACGACUCAGACCCGAAAGCCAAAGCCCUCAAAACAUACAGCAAGAUUGCGCAUGGCAUCGCGGCGCUAGGUCAGGAACGCUACAAGGAGGCGGCGUUUUGCUUUGUCGAAGCCAGCUCCGGCGUGCCUCCCGAGAUUUACAACCAGAUUGCCAGCCCGAACGACGUUGCCAUCUACGGCGGUCUGUUGGCGCUUGCCACUAUGGAUAGGCACGAGCUGCAGGCCAACCUUUUGGACAAUGACUCUUUCCGCGAGUUUUUGCAACGAGAACCACACAUACGCCGGGCGAUCACACAAUUUGUGAACGGCAGGUAUGCGGCGUGCAUAGAGAUACUGGAGUCAUACCGACCAGACUACCUCCUCGAUAUUUACCUGCAAAAGCACGUGCCCAAGCUGUACGCCGACAUCCGCACCAAGUCCAUCGUCCAGUACCUUAAACCCUUCUCCUGCGUGAGGCUGGACACAAUGCAGAAGGCCUUCAACGGACCGGGCCCCUCGAUUGAGGACGAGCUGUUUACCAUGAUCGAAGACGGGAAGCUGAACGCUCGGAUCGAUGCCAUCAACAAGGUUCGUUACUACCUGCCUCUAUUUCUCCAGCGCAGUGCUUUUUUUUUCAUGCUGACCAGACUUCUUCGUACAACAACAAAGUCUAUCACCCCAAUUUCCACAGACUCUAGACAGCAAAUGCAGUCAAAGGCACUCCAGACCUUGGAGAAUUACGAGAAACAAGCCCUUGACAGAAUCCGGCGCAUGAACAUCAUGGCUGCCGAUCUUGAAGUUAAAGGUUCUCGCAAGCCUGGAGGGAUGAACGACAUUUCGUUCAGCAUGACCACGGAUGACACUGCGAGCUUGGCCUAGGAACCCGAUCUCAAUAACGAGGCCGUCAGAACCUAUCUAGGGAUUCCCCUAGUAUCAGGCAGGAAUAAGGCUCGCUGGAGCCGUGAACAGUAUUCUUAGGUGGGAAAGGAAAAAAGAUGAAACGCUGCCUAAGAUAAAGGAACGGAUAUUUGGACGGUCUGGUGUUCCGGGCAGUAUAACUUGACCGGGGAUUUUUCCUACAUUAUUAUGCUACUGGCGUUCACGAACAGAGGGAUGUAGCUU